AUGCCCUGCCGUGUGGUGUGUGGGAGCAUGCUGGCAGGGCGGGUGGUGGAGGGCGAGGAGGAUGCGUUCAUGCGCGCUGUGAGGGACGCCGUGCAGCAGGAGGACAGGCGGGGUAAUGUGCAGGGGCACGAGGAGGGAAGGGGAGAGGCAGGGGGGCACGAGGAGGGGAAGGGAGAGGCAGGGGGGCACGAGGAGGGGAGGGGAGAGGGGGAGGAGCAAGAGGAGGGGAGAGGGGGUGUGGAGGAGGAAGCAAGGCUAAGAGCAUGCGUGUGGGAGCAGGCAGCAGCGGAAGCGAGAAUGGCCGUUGGUGGGAGCGGAGGUGAUGGGGGGGAUGGUGGGGCUAUGCAGGAGGGAGGCCACGACCAGGGCCACACAGGCAUACAGUCAGUGAGAGCAGGGGAGAGUAGAGGGCGAAAAGGCCUUCCUUCCUGCAACGACUGGCCCCUGCUUCUCUCUGCCGCCGCUCACCACCUGCCUCUGCGUGACCUCACAGCAGUGCGACGCCAGUGGGAUGCCUUCCUGCUGCCCCUGCCUUGCUCUGCUCCAACCCGUCACUCCCAUGUACCCCAACGCCCUCUACGCGCUCCCGUCCCUCACACCUCUCAUGCCCCUCACACCUCUCAUGCCCCUCACACCUCUCAUGCCCCUCACACCUCUCGUGCCCCUCACACCCCUCUACUCCUCGCAGCAACCUCCUCCUUCAUCCAUGAAGAUCCGCUUGCUUUCUUUGCGCCUGCUGCUCCCCCCGCUGCUGCUGCUCCUGCUGCUGCUGUGGCUGCUGCAGCUGCUGCAUCGCUGCCCCCAGGCGUGCAUGCCCCAGGCGUGCAUGCCCCAGGCGUGCAUGCCCCAGGCUCGUCAGUGCCUCCAUGCUGGGUGCCUGGCCCCCCACCUGCCACCUCCGAGUGGCGGCGCUAUCUCCUUGGGAAUGACUGA